UGCAUUCGUUUUAGCGCCAUAAUCCGAAGUAGACGUAGUUAUUUGUAAAUUUCCGUGAAACUAAAGAUCUAGGCCUAAUUAUAUUCACCUGUUGUGGAUCAAGCCCUAGUUAUUCACCUGUUAGGCCUACCUACAUGUAAUCUAUAUACACACACCUGUUAUAAUGGCAAGUUCAAAGAAAUCUGGCAAGAAGACUGAUGGUGAUAAACAGUCGAGUACCUUACAGGAGUGUGAUUAUGUUUAUGCCUGUGAGUGGGGUGAAUGUGAGGAAGAAAUAGGGGAUAUGGCCCUGUUUGUAAAACACAUAGCUCAACAUGUAACCGAGUACGUCGGCUCCUUACAAUCAUCCAAUCAACCAGGACAAACGGGACAAGCUACAUGUUUUUCGUGUAAUUGGAGAGAAUGUGAGUCGCAGAUUUUGGGCAAUUACUGUGAUUUUAAUCGUCACGUCUACUUCCACGCUUUUCAUGUUCGUUUAAAAUGUCUGGGUAAAGCCCUGCUGACGUCAUCUUGUGGUACUGAGGCCUGUUCUCUUGAUGGUCAGAGCAGAAACUGGAUACCUGAACUUCCUGAGAAUUUAAUCUGUGGUUGGAAAGACUGCGAGCUGAUCUAUGAUAAUCCUGUGUUUUUCUAUAGUCAUGUCAAUCAACACUGUGAUGAGUAUAAGGAAGGCAAUAACGUGGUGGGAGGAGCCAGGUGUAAAUGGACAGGCUGUGAUACAUUAGUUCGAAGCAAAUACAAACUAAAGGAACAUAUUCGAAGUCAUUCACAAGAAAAGGUUGUAGCUUGUCCAACAUGUGGUGGUCUGUUUGCUAAUCGCACAAAAUUCAUUGAUCAUCAGAAACGACAAGCUGAUACUGCCAAACAGUUAUAUCAGUGUAGUCAUUGUAAUAAAAGAUUUGCUACGGCCAGAAUACUUCGAGAUCAUAUGCGACAUCAUGUAAACCAUUAUAAAUGUCCAUUUUGUGAUAUGACCUGUCCAGCUCCUUCUGGUUUAAGAUCCCACAUCCGAUAUCGUCACACCCAAGAAAAACCCUUCAAAUGUGGUCAUUGUUCACAUAGUGCUAAAAGUGCUGCUGAUUUACGUCGACAUUUAGAUAGUCACAACGAGACGGCUUUGUUCCGAUGUCAGGAAGAGGAUUGUAAUUUUGAUGCUCGAACCUAUCCCGCCUUAGCUUCUCAUCACCUUAAAGUGCAUCAGAAUUCUAAGUCAAGCCGCCACAAGUACGCUUGCCAUGUAUGUGAGAGGAAGUUUAGUCGUGGAACUAUUUUAACAAAACAUCUUAAAACCAAACACAAGUUUAAAUGGCCAUCAGGUCAUUCAAGAUUCAGGUAUAAGCUGCAUGAUGAUGGAUAUUGGCGACUACAAACUGUGCGUUACGAGAGUAUCGAAGUCACAGACCAGUAUCUUAACGACUCGAAUAUAGAGGAGAAUACGGACCAUGCAGCACCCAUUGAGUCAGCGGGUAACCAGGAAGCUGACGUUGCUAUGGAAACGGAAACAUCCCAGGUUGCAUUGGAGAGAGAAACUGACGAAUCAGACAAUCUAAAUCAGGAACAUUAUAACCUUGACCUUUUGGGUCAAGUUGCGUUGCAGAAUAGCCAAUCAAGUGACCAGUUAAAAACAAUAUCAAUAGCGGAUAUCCAUCAAUCAGAAGAUCAGGAAAAUACGCGACCUGUUUUUAUAAAUGUUGAACAUGCUGGUGAAAAUGUGCCGAUGAAUCAGUCGGUGCCAAAUAACCCCGAGUACACAGAACUAACGUCCAAUCAGUCUUUGGUAUAUGAAGACCAAUCAGGAACAGUGUUACAAACUUUAUCUGUUGUUAGUGUCUCUAACGCUUGUCUUGAUAUGCCAGUUAUUUAUAGUGAAAGUACGGGAAAUUGAGGACAUUAUUAAAGUUCUAUUUCCUUCGACAACACAGAUGUACGUGUAUAAUGGCCAUCUUGUCAGUGUAAAAAGGGGAAGUUACGACGAUUUAUUUUUGAAGUUGAAUCAUAGUUACCUCACACGUUUCUCAGGUUUAGUUAUAGUAUUAUCGGUAUAGUUAUUACAAGUAGACCCUUUUAUAUUUCGAGGAGAGUGUCGUAUAACUGUUAUUACAUGUAAGUCCUACUAUAUUUCAAGGUAGAGUGGUAUAUAACUGUUACAUGCAUGUAGGUCCUACUAUAUUUCAAGAUAGAGUGUCAUCUAACAGUUAUAUGUAGGCCCUACUAUAUUUUAAGGUAGAGUAUUGUAUAACUGUUAAAGGUGUAAAUGAUUGACUUAUUCAAUGGGUGCAUGUCAUCAUAAUAUACAAUGGUAAAAUUACAAUUUAUUGUAUUGCGUAACCUACUAUUUGCUAAAUUUGGAUAUGUAACCAUUAGUUUUAUUCUCUUUAUGACAUUUAGUAAUUGGAACAUAAUCAAAGAAAACUAUUUAUGAAAAAUAAUUACUAUGGUUUAUUACACUGUGAGGUUUCAACAAUUUGUUAUCAAGUCUUAUCAAGCAUAUAAACAGAACCACUGAAUUACGUAAAUUCCUCUCAUUGUAAUUUUUGUAAGUUAAAUUGCCUACAGGUAUUUGUCUCCACGCUAAAAUUCUUUCUCUUGGCAUCGAAAAAUGUUGUCUCUACAUUUCAAGUUUUGAUUCUCAAAUGGAGGCAAUAAAUUGAAAGUAAGAUUGAAUAGAAAUAACAUUCAGUUUAUUGACUUGAGCUAGGAAAUCCACAUACUUAAAUAUUCUAGACGUGUGAAUGGUGUAACCAUUGUGUAAAUUGAACAAGUGUUCGCAUGAAAGUUUAUGAUCUCGUUCCCUACAACAAGGACUUCAAUAUAAGAUAAGGUAGGAAUUACUGUGCAGCCCUUGUUUAUAAUACAGGGAAUAGAGUGGCCAAUUGGAUCAUAAGGUCUUGGAGUCUGUAACAAGGAGUUCGACAUCAUGAGUUUUUUCUGGGUACUCCUAUUUUCUUCCAUUGCUGUCAGAGUUAUGCCCCUUGAUUAUUUUUUUUUAAAGUCUUUUGAUACUCGAGAGGCUAAAGUUAUUAUUGAUUUUAACUUUAUGUCAGUGUUUAUGCUAAGACAAAGAAACCUAUAAAUCUUCAGCGAUUUUUGAUAAUUACUGUUGGAGUUAUGGCCCUUGGUCAGUUGAAAUAUCUUUUAAGCAAUAUUUAUGGGCUGUUCAGAAAACUAAGUGGGUGAGAUAUGUUUCGUUGCUUGGCAACCAAUAUUUUUAGAAAUAAAUAUUAUGUAUAGGCAUGGAAAAUAUAAUUUUUUUGUUAUUAUGUCAUUGACAGGGUCCCAGAUAAGGCAUGCAUGAACCUCCUGGCUGAAAAUGUCACUUGUGCCCUUGCAUCACUAGUGAAAGAUUUGCAUAUUCUAGUCCUUGUCUGUCACACUUACACAAAUUUAAUUUUGAAGAUACUUUAUGAUAGAGAUUAGAUACAGAGCUGGCAGUUCUCACUAUAAUAGUUAAAAACUAGAUAAUGUAAAGGGUAUUUGCUGAAAAUUUUAGUCAAAUUGAUCUACUCUGAACCGAGAAUUUAAAGAUUGAAUUUUCGGCCUAGCCUCGAUUAUCAUUACUAAAGUUGGUAGAUAAAAAACAUAGUCUAAGUUAUCCAUUUCAUGAUUUAAUCAUGAAUGAAAGUUGAGCAGCCAAUCGGAUCCUAAUCCAGUAAAUAUUGCAGGCUAGCGAUGACAUCGAGAGUUGAUUAUGGCCUGCAUAAGUUAAUUAAUGUCUAAUUAAUAAUUUAGAUAACAUUUCAAUAAGCAGAUUUAGUUCUUGCAUAAUGCAUGUUUAAUGUCAGUAUGGUAGAUAGUAUGGCACAAACAUAUUUAACAUAAUAAAUCAAAUUAUAUGUUUGAUAUAGAAAGCCCAGUCAGCCCCUUUAUCCAGGCCCUGUUCGUCUGUUUAUCAACAACUCUGUUUACUUUCUGUUUUAUCAUUGGAGAAGAAAUUAAAACUGUUAGAUUUUA